UGUCGCCACUGUAGGAAUCCUGACUAUAGUAUUCUUUAAUGUUAUCAAGACGUUGCAGUCACUUAACUUGUUUUGUUUACAAAUAACAGAGUGUUUUUGUAAUGUCUCACAUUGAUAUGCCGUAUGCCCAAGGCCUAAAAUUGGCAAGUGGCGUAACACUUCAUGAUGUUCUAUCGGCUCUCGAAGAUAUUGACGAUGGAGAAAUUCCGCAGGAAUGUCAAAUUAACAUACUUCCCCCUCUGAAUUGCAAUAACGACCUCACCGAUGAAGAUUCUGGCGAAGAGAAUCUAGUUUCAAUUGACAACCUUCCAGGUAGUCAGCUUUUGGCUGAAGCGAAAUUGAAAGCUAUAAAUUCAGAUUCGGAUGAUGAGGAAGAUAACAUUCCAUUGAAAUUUUUACAAAUUAGUUCCAAGAAAUAUCAGAAAAAUCGAGAAUGGCAAAACGUGGAUCUUACAACUGAAACUGUUGAAUGGGCGGAAAUGACUUCAGCAGUAAACAAUUCAACACCACUUGAAUUAUUUGAAUACUUUUUUGAUAAAGAAUUGGUUGACAUGUUUGUUGGGUACACUAACAUUUACUCGGCCAAAAGGAAUAGAAUUGGCAGCGUUUCUCAGAGUGAAAUGAAAUCAUUUUUCGGAAUUCUUCUCUUGAGUGGAUAUAUUCCUCUACCCAGACGUAGAAUGUAUUGGGAAAAUUCAAAAGAUUCUCAUAACAACCUGGUAGUAAAUGCUUUAUCCAGAGAUAAAUUUGAAUUCAUUAUGAGUAACUUACACUGUUGUGAUAAUGAUUUAUUGGAUAAAGAUGAUCGUUUCGCGAAAAUCAGACCUCUCCUCAAUCUUGUGAAUCAAAAUUCUUUAAAACAUGCACCGCAUUCCGAAAAUCAUAGCGUUGAUGAGUCUAUGGUUCCGUACUUUGGAAAACAUGGAUGUAAACAAUGUAUUCUCAAUAAACCCAUCAGAUUUGGGUUCAAAAUGUGGUUAGGUUGUUCCAGUAAAGGAUAUGUGAAUUGGAUUGAGCCAUAUCAGGGAGCAAAAUCAGUCAUAAAAUCACAUUAUAAAGAGUUUGGCCUAGGACCUUCUGUCGUUUUAGAAUAUUCAGAUGUUUUGCGCAAGCUGGGUCCUCAUCCCUAUCAUAUAUUCUGCGAUAAUUUUUUCAUUACAAUUCCACUCCUAGAAGCACUAUCCAUGAAAAAUCUCCGUUGUACAGGUACAAUACGUGAGAACCGAUUAUGUGGAUGUCCACUCACAGAGAAGAAAGCCAUGAAAAAAAAAGAACGGGGAUAUUUUGAAUAUAUGUCCUCGGACAAUAAAAUAAUUGUGACGAAAUGGAAUGACAAUAAUGUGAUUUGUAUUGCAUCGAAUUGCGAUUCUACCCAUCCUGUGCAAAUGAUUUCACGAUUCAGCAAAAUACACAACAAGAAAGUUGCAGUGACACAGCCACAAAUUAUCAAAAAUUAUAAUCAAUACAUGGGUGGUGUGGAUCGAUGUGACCAAAACAUUAGUUUAUACAGAACCAACAUCCGCGGCAAAAAGUGGUAUUUCACUAUUAUUUGCUACUGUUUGGACAUCAUAGUACAAAAUGCAUGGCAACUACACAGGUUGCAAAAUGGUAAAUUGGACCAACUGACUUUUCGCAGAAGGAUUGUACUAGCUCUUCUGGAAUCAAACACGGAAUCCAGAAAACGGGGUAGGCCUUCCAGUCUUGAGAACGUCGAUUCACGAUUUGAUAGGAUCGAUCAUCUCGUGAGUUCCCAAGAGAAGCAGACACGAUGUCGAGUGUGCCAUAAAAAAGUAAAAACAAAAUGUGUCAAAUGUGAUGUAGCACUUCAUAUUGAUUGUUUUAUAUCAUAUCACAAGCAAUGAUUAAAUAUUCAUUUAAUGUGAAAUAUUUCAUAGCAUUUUUCUCGAAAUUUAUUUUAUUUUGGUUUGAAUAAAAAUUGUGCAAUAUGUGAUCAUAUUUAUAUUCUAUUUUCCUAUUGUCCUCUUAAAAGGACACCCUAUCUAAUCUAUAUUUUGCUAUUUUUGACAAAAGUUGUAGAACUAAAUCAUCAGACUGAUAUAUUUGAAACAAGUUUCCAUUGAAAAAGUAAUCUGAUUUUGAAAAAAAAUAAUUCAGGCAUAUCUG